AUGGGUUCGUUGAGCAAAUUCUCGCAAUGUGUGAAGCCCUUCACUAGACUAUUUUCUACAACGCAAAUUGGCUGUGAAAGGAAAUACGACAGAGUCAUGAGACGACAUGUGAAAAAGAUUGUCGAGUACAAAGAAGGAGAUAUUAAGCCUUGGUAUCUAAGGAUUCCCAAGGAGGCCAGUAAAUAUCCUCCUUAUCCAUACGGCGAGGCAACACUCUUCAAAAGAUCAGACCGAGGUUUAUACGGCGGACAACAAAGAGGUAAAGGAUUUCAAGUAUCUGAGAUGGGUAACAAAACUCCACGGCCUUGGCUUCCCAAUGUGAUUUCUAAGACGUUAUGGUCGGAGGCUUUGAACCACGGAAUUAAGAUGAAGCUUACUGCACGAGUUCUUCGGACAAUUACCAAGGAGGGUGGUCUAGAUAACUAUGUCACUAAAGAUAAGGCUGCGAGAGUGAAGGAAUUGGGACUGUUUGGCUGGAGGUUAAGAUAUAAUAUACUGAAAGCACGUCAAGUCGCUAAUCAACCUCCAAAUUAUGAAGUGGUGAAAACAGCCGAGGGUAAAGAUGUGAAAGUGUUUUACAGGGGAAACUACAAAGGUGAGCCCAUAAAGUUGACAGUUGGUAGAAGAAAACUACUGACUAAACUAUUCCCUAAAGUUAAGCUUAAUACACCUGAAGUAAUGAAAUUUGCGCAGUUCAGCAUCGAUCAUGCCGAAACUCCAUUCGCAGACAUUUUGAGAGAGUGCGAGGCAAACGACGUAGAUCUCGAUGAUGUGAAGCUGUAA